AUCAAGACUUCUGUUCUCUGGCUAAAACUUCCUGACUAUGCAAUAGCAUGUGGGAGGGGCAAAUACACUCCACUGCAGCCACACCCUCUGGUAAAGAUACAAAUAGUGAUGCUUGGGACUGGUCUUCAGAGCACUCUGCCUUCACCAUGAAGUCCAGCGGCUUCUUCCCUUUCAUGGUGCUCCUUGCUCUGGGGAUCCUGGCAUUCUGGACUGUGGAAGGAGGCAAAAAUGAUUCUAUCAAAAUUGGAGCCUGUCCUUCCAGAAAACCUGGCAAUUGUCUUAGAAAGGAGAAACAAGAGUGCAAUUCUGACUGGCAAUGCCCGGGAAAUCUGAGGUGUUGCCAGAGUCAUUGUGGUAACAGAUGCGUUUCUCCUAUUCCCAUCAGCAGACGAGCCAGGAGGAAGCCUGGCAAGUGCCCAGUGGUUAAAGGACAAUGUAUGAUGCUGAAUCCCCCCAACAAGUGCGACAGGGAUUCCCAGUGUGAAGGCAACUAUAAGUGUUGUCUGGGCAUGUGUGGGAAACUCUGCGUUCUCCCACAGUAAGCCUGAUUCCUGACAUUUGAAGAUGGCUCUGAACUCGUGCUCUGUGUGGUCUGGAAGCUUCUUCUUUGCUCCCAGGUCCCCAACUCCCAGGCUAGGAUCCAGUGGAGAGGGCUUGCUUCUGCCACCAACAGCUCCUUUGGUACAUGCUAAGCUUUCAGGAGGCUUUAAGGAAAUACCAUUGGAGAGCAAAAAAUAAAAAUAAAAAAUACUGUUUAUUUCUCUGA